GUGCAGUAGAAGAAGACUCGUGUGUUGUUCCUGUUGCGGUGUGUCGUCAGCUUCUCUUUGCGCUGCAGUUUUAACACAUUUCAAUAAUGUCUAUCGAAAUAGAGUCAGCGGACGUGAUCCGUCUGAUCAUGCAGUACCUGAAGGAAAAUAACUUGCAAAAGACUUUGGUGACACUACAGGAGGAGACCACAGUGUCCUUGAACACUGUGGACAGUAUUGAGAGUUUUGUAGCUGAUAUCAAUAGUGGUCAUUGGGAUACUGUCCUUCAGGCUAUACAGUCUCUCAAACUCCCUGACAAGACCCUGAUCGACCUUUAUGAACAGGUUGUUCUCGAGCUGAUUGAACUCCGAGAGUUGGGAGCUGCCAGAUCCUUGUUGAGGCAGACGGACCCCAUGAUCAUGCUGAAACAAACCCAGCCUGAGCGAUACAUCCACCUGGAGAAUCUUCUGGCUCGCUCGUAUUUUGACCCGAGAGAGGCUUAUCCUGAUGGCAGCAGUAAAGAGAAGCGUAGAGCUGCCAUUGCUCAGGCUCUGGCAGGUGAGGUCAGUGUGGUACCACCCUCACGUCUGAUGGCUCUGCUCGGACAGUCUCUGAAGUGGCAGCAGCACCAGGGUCUCCUGCCUCCCGGUAUGACCAUUGAUUUGUUCCGAGGUAAAGCAGCCGUGAAAGAUGUCGAGGACGAGCGUUUCCCCACACAGCUGUGCAGACACAUCAAGUUUGGUCAGAAGUCUCACGUGGAGUGCUCACGCUUUUCUCCUGACGGUCAGUAUCUGGUCACUGGAUCUGUGGAUGGAUUCAUUGAGGUGUGGAAUUUCACCACUGGAAAAAUCCGAAAGGAUCUGAAGUACCAGGCACAAGAUAACUUCAUGAUGAUGGAUGACGCUGUGCUCUGCAUGUCCUUCAGUCGAGACACUGAGAUGUUGGCCACAGGAGCUCAGGACGGAAAAAUGAAGGUGUGGAAGAUCCAAAGUGGCCAGUGUCUGCGGCGCUAUGAGCGUGCUCACAGUAAAGGUGUCACCUGUCUCAGCUUCAGUAAAGACAGCACACAGAUACUCUCUGCCUCCUUUGACCAGACCAUCAGGAUUCAUGGGCUGAAAUCAGGCAAGUGUUUGAAAGAGUUCAGAGGUCAUUCUUCAUUUGUGAAUGAAGCCACGUUAACUCCUGACGGACAUCAUGUGAUCAGCGCCUCCUCUGACGGAACUGUGAAGAUCUGGAACGUAAAGACCACAGAAUGCACCAGCACGUUCAAGUCUCUGGGUACUUCUGCUGGAACAGACAUCACGGUCAACAACGUCAUCCUGCUCCCUAAAAACCCUGAACAUUUCGUAGUUUGUAACCGCUCUAACACUAUGGUCAUCAUGAACAUGCAGGGCCAGAUUGUGAGAAGUUUCAGCUCUGGUAAAAGAGAAGGAGGUGAUUUCGUGUGCUGUACUCUGUCCCCGCGUGGCGAGUGGAUCUACUGUGUAGGAGAGGACUUUGUGUUAUAUUGUUUCAGCACAGCCACAGGAAAACUAGAGAGAACCUUGACCGUUCAUGAGAAGGAUGUCAUCGGUAUUGCACACCACCCACAUCAGAAUUUAAUUGCCACAUACAGUGAGGAUGGACUGCUUAAACUCUGGAAGCCAUAAUGUCACAGUCAUGUGGCUACUGCAUGAUUCGUUGGAGAUGAUAGAGAAGUGGGAUUAGGAUUUCUUGCCUUUUUUAGUCCCUUUUUGUACAUACCCGUUUUUUUUAGUGCAGUAUUUUUUUUACAAAUUGUCAAAUUUUUAAGAAAAUUUGGUUUGUGAAGCAUCUGUAACUUAUGGUAACAAACUUUUGUUUUUCAGUCUGGUAUCAUUUUUUUUCUCAUUCCUUUGAAUUUAAUGUCUCACCUUUGCAAUUAAAAGUUGACUAGUUGACUAUACUUUGUCUUUGUUGUGUAUUGUGUGUGUUUAACGGGAUAGUUCACCCAGGAAUAAAAUUGUCAUU